AUGCCGAUCGGAUUAGUUGUACGUGAAAAUAAAAAGCUUGUACUCGAGACGCUCCCUUUGCCCCCGUAUGGUCCGAAAGAUCUUCUAAUCAAAGUAAUUCAUGCAGCACAAAAUCCAACUGAUUGGAAACAUGUUCAAUUUGGUUUGGCUAAACCCGGUUCCAUCGUUGGAUGUGAUUUUGUAGGAAAAGUUGUGAAAAUUGGUAAAGAGGCUGUGGGUGAUUACAAAAAAGGUGAACGUGUUGCCGGUUGUGUUCAUGGCGGUCUCGAUCCAGAAAUGAACAUUCGUGGAGCAUUUUCUGAAUAUGUUGUUCAAGAAGCAUCGCUGGUUUUCCGUUUUCCAUCGACAAUUUUACCUGAACAAGUUGUCACACUGCCACUCGUAUCGAUCACAGCAGCACUUGGAGUUUUCCACGAAAUGAAAUUACCAUUUCCACCUGAAACAGUUCAAGUGGAUUUUCUCGUCUGGGCAGGAAGUACGAGUGUUGGACAGUGUGUCAUCCAAUUAGCCAAAUCAAUCGGUUGUUAUGUAAUCACAACAGCAUCGCCGCAACGUCAUGAAUAUUUGAAGGGACUCGGUGCUGAUGUGUGUUUCGAUUACAGAGAUCCAAAUGUGGUUUCGUUAAUUAAACAAGCAGCACAUGGCGAUUUAGCUUAUGCAUUCGAUUGUUUCUCCGAACUGGAAUCAACUAAACAAGUUUGUGCAGCAUUAACUGCAAAAGAUUCGCAAUUAGUGACAGUUUUGCCUUUUAUCCGAACGGAAUUACCGUCACAUAUAAGAGAACAUCGAGUAUUAAUGUACACGAUAUUCGGUAUCGAGAGAAAUCUCUUCGGACAAUUCUAUGCUCAACGACAACAAGAUAAAGAAUUUGCAGAGAAAUUCUAUAAAUUAGUAUCAACUUAUUUCUUGCCUAAAGGUCUAUUAAAACCUAAUCGAGUUACAAAAAUACCUGGUGGAUUGAAUGGCAUUAAAGACGGAUUUAAAAAGAUGAUUGAUAAUCAAAUCGCAGCAGAAAAAUUAGUCUAUACCAUAGCUGAAACGGAUGACUCAUCGUUAUCAUGGUUGUGCUGUCGGAGAUUAUUUUCAAAUCAUAUCUCAUCCUCUCAUGAAAAUUAA